AUGGCGAAUCCAGCGCAGGCCCCAGCUCUUCCCCAGCGUCUUGUGAACUUCUUUGCCCGGUAUCCCCCCCAAUUGCACUCCGCUGCUGUCCGUCGUCCAGCACCUCGCCCAAAGGAAGCGACCGUUCCGCAAACACCACUCCCAUCACCAUACACCUCUGACCGUGAUGCCAAGGGUGCCCAAGCACUGAAGCCAACUGAAUGGACCCCUGCAAAGGCACUCCUUGUGACCAGUGACACUGUUCGCAACCCUUUCCUUCCACACAAGCGAUUUGGAAAGUGGGAGAGUCCGAGAUAUGGACUGCGACAACAAGCGGACUUGAUGAAGUUGGCCAUCAAAUAUAAGGUGGAAACACUUCUUCCUCCCAGCCGCAAGUCACCCGAGUUCAAGGAUAAACGUCGUCAGGAGCGUGGAUUGCAAGUCAAGGGAACUGGUAUUGGCCAGAAGGUCAAGGGUCACAAAUGGGAGCGUACAAUGGAGUCGCGUCUCGAGGACCGUCGCAAGGCCAUGGAGGGAAUGCCGGAAAUGGUCCGCAUGUGGAAGCAGGUCAUGGACGUGGAUGGAAGCAAUGGCCCAAGCGGUAAUGGCAACGCCCCAACAGAACUCGUUGAAGCGUCUUUCUAUUCUUUAUUCUGGCGGGUUUGUUCGGUUUUGGCUUUCCGACGCCAUACCGGCUCCUCCACAUCAGGAGCUUGGGAUGGAGUUCUUAUUUUUUUCCUUUUUCUUUCGAAGUAUACUACCAACACAUUAUGUACAAUACAAACUGCGGUCACAUACCCCAAUGCUAGCCAAUGGACACUCACACAUCAUAUUCAGCCCUUGCUUCUCAGAAGUCCAGUCGAAAAAGGUCCAAGCUUUGGGGUCAGCGAUUAUUGA